UAACUGUUACCUUGUAAUUAGAACUGAUUAGCACCAUGUCGGAGCAGCCAGAGGCCGAAGGAGUUUUUAAUCGUCUUUUUAAUGCUGCAGCCCGUGCAAGACAGGAGCUGGCAGCGAGAAAUAAUGAGUCAACGUUACUUUCCACAACAAGACGACUAUUUCGCCGGCAAGUUCAUCGAGUUCGGGGAGGAUCUGGUGGACGCAGGGAAAGCCCUAUUUGGCAAGCAAAACUUUUCCUCCUUCCAGGGCCAGAUAAUGGUUUUCUACCUCCCACAAAAGAACUUGAGGAACUGGCUAAACUUGGAUUAGGAAAACCUGUGCAUGAGUCAACAGAGGCCGGACGCACAAACUCAAAGAUUGGGUUAAACUGGAGUUUAUCUGAAUUGAACAACUUUGUUUGCCAAAGCUACCCUCGCGUCAGUUUAAAUUUGGUAGGCUUUGAAUUGGCAAGGACAGGCAAAGGACGCAAGAUCCAGAAAUUACAAGUUAGUUCUGUGAAGGAAUUAAAAGCAGUUGUUGGCAAAAGCAGACUUUACAUCGUGCCACAAGCCACUGUCUUGCAGGUAACAUCACCACCCUCUGCCAUGUCCCAGAAUUCAUUCCCACCACUCGCAGCUCCACCAGUAGAUGAGACCUCACCUCAAGUGGUUUCAGAUCAGGUGGCAUCCACAUCCUCUGCCAUAUCCAUUAAUUCAUUCCCAUCGCUCUCAAUUGCUCUAGUACAAGAUGAGACUGUGGCUGAGAGUACCCAAGCUCAAAGUGUGGUUGCAAAUCAGGCUCUUCAAGAAUGGCGAGCAAUACGUGCUCAGCAAGACCAGGAGUAUAAUACAAGUUUGUUGGUGGAUCAGGAGAAGGAGAGGAAGAAACUAGCCUAUCAGGCCUGUGAGGAAAGACGUCAAAAGGCUAUUGAGGGAAGACGUCAGCGACUGUCUGCAUGUGAGGAACCCUCAGAUGGGGCCUUGAUCAAAUUUAAAUAUCCAAAUGGACACAUCAAUGGGAGGAAAUUCAGCUUGUCAGAGCCAAUCCAGAUCUUGUUUGACUUUGUGGGACAAGAUGAUAUUGCCAGUGAAAUCUUUGUAGUGCAAGAAGCCACAUCCUCAAGAUCAAUUGAGAGCAGUUCAUCCGGGUCAAUAAUGGAUCAUGGCAUUAAAGCAUCCUCAACUCUAUAUGUACUUUGGUAUUCAAAUCAGGAUGUACAAGAAAUUCUCUCGGAUCAACAAAUUGAUGGAGCUCAUGCCCUAGACGAUACAUCUCGUGGUCACUCAUUGCUGGCUGAGACCUCCUCCCAGCCAAGUCUCUCUGUGCCCUCUCUCCAGCCACUGCUGUGUGAGACUACCCAGCCAAGUCUCUCUGUGCCCUCUCUCCAGCCACUGCUGUGUGAGACCACCCAGCCAAGUCUCUCUGUGCCCUCUCUCCAGCCACUGCUGUGUGAGACCUCCACCCAGCCAAGUCUCUCUGUGCCCUCUCUCCAGCCACUUCUGUGUGAGACCUCCACCCGCUCACUGCUGUCUGAGCCCUCCUCCCAGCCACCACUCACUCUGUUCUCACAACCACAAGAAAUCCUGACUCUUCAUGAUGAACCAUCACUCCCUCCAUCUGCCCAGGAACCAAUCAUUAUUCUUGAUGAACAAGAUGAGACAGUUACACAAAAUCAGUCUCAUGUAUCAACACAUCACCUAAGAGGACCUGUGGAUGAGAUUGAUCUACAAACCAUAUUGAAAAAAAUGGUCAGCAAAGUUGACGGAAGCUUCUGUCCAACAAGCAACCAAAUAAAUGUGUGCAGGGAUAAUGUUUUACUGUGUAGCCUGCGGGCGUUCAAGCGUAGGUUCUUCAACCCUGAAGCAAAAUUGGAUGUUGUGUUUGUGGAUGAAGAUGACAAUGGUGAAGGGGCAGUUGACGAAGGCGGCCCGACAAGAGAGUACCUAAGGCUGUUAAUGAGGGCUGUCCACCAGUCCAAUAUCUUUGAGGGCCAUGAGAAAGACCGGCAGUUGUCUCUUGAUACUCAAGCUUUGCAGACUAAACUUUACACAUGGGUGGCAAAAAUGAUUGCUGUGUGUGUCGUCCAUGGAGGAGUCGGUCCACACUUCUUUUCCGAAAGGCUUUUCCAUCAAAUCUGUGGGAUACCAACACCCCCCGCCACAGUGGAUGAAGUUGGUGACCAUACUUUCAGGGAACAGUUAAUAAAAAUACAGGAAGCAAUAACAGUCCAAGAGGCGAACACUGCAAUUGCAGAGGCAGCAGAUAGUCUCAGCAUUAUAGGUUCCUUAAGACAUGUUUCCAGCCUGAAGGAGAAGGACUCUCUUGUACAGUCAGCUGCAGACUUCUUCCAAAGGAGAAUGCAGUCCAGUCACCCUGGAGAAGGUAUUGGGAGUUUACAACUGGAGCCUCAACAGUGCCUCCGCUGGGAUUUCCACACCGUCCACAAAUUCAGUUCCUUCAUGAGGGCAACAGAAUCUUCCCAGAAGCAAAUACUUCUGCUCUUCUACUCCGCCUGCCGCUGCACUCUGCCUAUGAAGCCUUCAAACAAUACAUGA